CGGGAGAGCUGAUGGAACGGGAGAUGGAAAGUAGCCACUUCAUCAUGAAGACCGCUGUUUGUUGAUUGUCUGCCUGCGGCAUGCACCUCACUGUUAAGGAGGAGCGCCUGGAGCUGGGCCUGAAGGAGCUGGCAGAUGAUGACACCGCUUUCGGGGGCCAAGAUGCUAACGAACACCCAGCAGUGGACGCGGCGGCGCGGCAGAAGGGCGCCCACUCGGCCGCUGACCUGGUCUACGCUCUCAACGACCGGCCACCCUGGUACCUCUGCAUUCUGCUCGGAUUCCAGCAUUACGUCCUGGCGUUCGGCGGCAUCAUCGCCAUCCCGCUCAUCCUUGCCGAGCCGCUCUGCAUCGGCGACAACAACAUGGCCAAAAGCCAGCUCAUCUGCACCAUCUUCUUCGUGUCCGGACUCAGCACGUUGCUUCAGGCGAGUAUCGGCAUCAGGCUGCCAAUUCUCCAGGGCGGGACCUUCAGCUUCAUCACUCCCACCCUGGCCAUCCUUGCGCUGCCCAAGUGGCAGUGUCCCACCCCGCAAGAGCCUGCCAUGUUGUCCGCGCACAACGCCAGCAGCCCGUUGCAGAUGACGGAAAGUGGUGACGAAGUGUGGAUGUCGAGAAUGCGCGAGAUCCAAGGAGCAAUCUUGGUGUCGUCGCUGGUCCAGAUCACGCUGGGCUUCACCGGCCUGGUGGGCUUUGUGCUGCGAUACAUCGGACCGCUGGCUAUCGCGCCCACCAUCAACCUCAUCGGUCUGUCACUGUUCACCGAGGCGGGCAAGAAGUCAGGCGGCCACUGGGGGAUCGCUGCUCUCACAGUGUGCCUCAUCCUGCUGUUCUCGCAGUACCUGAGCAAAGUGGACGUGCCACUGAUUGCCUACAAGGACAAGAAGUGGAAGGUGUUCCAUUACCCUCUCUUCAAGCUCUUCUCGGCCUUGUUCGGAAUGUGCGGCGGCUGGCUGGUCUGCUUCUUGCUGACCGUCUUUGAGGUGCUGCCGUCCAAGCCGGACAAAUACGGUUACUCGGCGAGGACCGACAUUAACCUGGAUGCCAUCGCCAACUCACCCUGGUUUCACAUUCCCUACCCAGGUCAGUGGGGCUUGCCAACUGUCAGCGUGUCAUCGGUGCUAGGCAUGAUGGCAGGUGUUUUGGCAUCCACCAUGGAGUCGAUUGGCGACUACUACGCCUGUGCCCGGCUGUCGGGCGCACCGCCACCGCCGACCCAUGCCAUCAACCGCGGCAUCGCCGUUGAGGGCAUCGGCUGUAUCUUGGCUGGUUUAUGGGGGACGGGCAAUGGGACCACCUCCUACAGCCAGAACAUCGCUGCACUAGGCAUCACCAAGGUUGGCAGCAGACUGGUACUCCAGACGACUGGAAUUCUCAUGAUUGUCCUGGGAAUCUUUGGGAAGUUUGGAGCCGUUUUUAUUACGAUCCCAGAUCCAGUUAUCGGGGGCAUGUUUCUCAUUAUGUUUGGAAUGAUUGCCGCCGUAGGCAUAUCAAAUCUGCAGUAUGUGGACCUCAACUCGUCUCGUAACCUGCUCAUCCUUGGCUUCUCCACGUUCAGCGGUCUUGUGUUGCCCACAUGGUUUCACUCCAACUCCGGAAUCAUCGACACAGGAAUCAAGGAACUAGACCAGAUCAUUGUGGUGCUCUUCACGACACACAUGUUCAUUGGCGGCUUCUUUGGUUUCAUUCUGGACAACACCAUUCCAGGCAGCGCAGAGGAGCGAGGCCUUCGCAAGUGGCAGCAGCACACGGCAAACCAGGGAAGCCAGACCACGUGCGACGAGUCGUGCUAUGACAUUCCCUUCUGCAACGUCAUCUGGCGGCGCUUUCGCUUCUUCCGCUACUUACCCUUUCUACCGUCAUACAAGGGCAGCCAGCGGGGGACGCCGGAGGCCUCACCGUGAUGGCCUCCUUUCUUUUCUCCAUAUUUGACACUCAACAUGAACACAACAGUUUACAAACAGUGCAACAAAAUGGAUGUUACUACGUUUCAGUAAUACCAGAGGAGAAAGUAAGUGCCGUAUUUCCGCAAAUAGUGGCAAAGGUUCAUGUUUUCAUUUUCACUCAACCGCAGGCGGGGAAAUUGUCUUAUUAGUGGGUCACCGGUACCGUAUACAGCAGUGUAGUUUAUGUCAAGGGACAGUGGAAUCUAAAAC